UUUCGAGUCUGUUCCCAACGCGUCGGGCUCUUCCUCUCUUUCCCUUUCCGUUCGAGACAGAACUGGGCUUACAAUUGCGCCCAACAACGACGGCAUCCCCCACACGCGCACACACACACACACAGCCGAGAGAGUUGUCACUAGCACAUACAGAGGAACUAGCGAGCGGCCACUGAGACAACUUCACGACGUUCGCACUCUCGAGUUUACACCCUGCGAGUUCACAACAGAAUCCGGUUCCACAUCUGAUCUUCAAAACAUGGGGGACGCAAGGCUCCUAUCGCUGAAGAAGGAGCUGGGGAAGGCGCUCGACAACCAUCGACCUGAGACUGUAAACGAUGUUCUAGCACAGCUGAGAAAAGUCACAGCGACAAAAGCGUUGUUGAAGUCCUCGGGAAUCGGGGUGGCUGUAACGAACGCACGGAAACACAAAGACAUCACGGACGAGCAGAGGGCAAUAUGUAAAGACUUGAUUACAAAGUGGAAGCAGGAUAUAGCGGUUGGAGAGAGCAAGCCGGUUAGGGCAACGUCGAAUAAUACGAAUGAGAAGGUCCCACAACCGCGGGUGGACACAUCGGAUCCUCCAACCCGGCGAACGUCGGCGUCUGGCUCGACUCCCACUCCCGGAACACCACUGUCUUCAGGCCCGGCGCGGAGCAUAGACUCGGAUAAAUUGAAAAUGAACUCGACAGGCGAAACACUGCGGGACAAAUGCAUUGGGCUUUUGUAUGCUGCACUCGUCAGCGAUACCGAUAUGGAAGGGACAUCGAUCCUACGAAAAGCCGAAGAACUCGAACGCCUAACCUACGAGCUAUACCCCCUCGACAUGACUCCCGCACCACCAGGCAAAAAGACAGACCCGGCCCUAGUCUACAAAAACCGCAUCAAGUCUCUCACUUUCAACCUCAAAGACCGGGACAAUCCGGACCUUUGCCUCAACGUUCUGAGCGGCAAGAUCUCGAUCGAGAAGUUGGCGAACAUGACGACGGAGCAGAUGGCGUCCAAGGAGCGCAAGGAGGCGAUCCAGACGGCGAAGAACGAGGCGCUGUCGGAGGCCAUUUCGGCGCAGGACACGCAGGCGGAGACGGAUAUGUUCCAGUGUGGGAAGUGCAAGCAGCGGAGGACAAAGUACUUCCAGAUGCAGACGAGGAGCGCCGAUGAGCCUAUGACUACUUUUGUGACCUGUCUGAAUUGCGGGCACCGUUGGAAGUUCUGCUAGUGUUUGAAGGCGAUACGGUCACUCCAAUGUUGGGUUGGGCCUUGAGGGUUUUUCCUGCCUUUUAAUCGUGUACAACGGCUUAAGUAACGUACAGUAUGUGUCUGUAUGUCUGCGACCUCACGUGACUUCCAGGCCGGCCCCCCCCCCCCCCCCCGCGACGCGACCGGCGACUACCAGGCAAUUCUGCCGGCGACUACCAAGCAAGCAGACGAGAGAUGCUCGCCAUCGCGAGAUUGACCCCGACGUCUUGACCUCGGCCUUGACAAUGCCGAGGAGAAUGGCUGCGGUGAUAGCUGCCAACGGGGGAAGCACAAAGUAUUUAGGAGACUGAUGCCGUGGUCGACGCUGUCAAUUCAAUGG